AUGGCUAGAAAACAUGAACAUUUUGGAUUAAGCUAUUUGGAAGAAUUGAAUAUAGUUAAGGAACGUGAAAAUAUAUGCAAAGAAACUAGGCAGGAAUUUUUGAAAUUUAAACAAAAAUACGUUUCUGACCAUGGAAAUGUAAACAAAGCUUUACAGGAAGUUUUACCAUCAGGUCAGUCACUUCAGUUACCAUCUAAAACUAGAAGUCCCGCUCUAUGUUCUGAAACCAAACAACUUUCUUCUGAGUCGGAUACUUUUGCAAUCCAGAAAAAAAAAAGGAUUGUUUGUGAUGAAGACGAAACAAUCGAGAUUGAAGAUACUGCAAGUCAGCCAAAGAAAUCUUCUAAGAAGCAGAACAAUACUGAUGGUAAAAAAAAGGCCUUUCAUUCUGGAAAAGCCACCCUAGAACAUAAAAGUGAGAGCCCAGGAGAUGAAAGUGAAAAAAUGCCAGUAUUAAUAGCUUCUUUCGUAGGAACCACCAAGCAGAUGCCCAUAUUGAAAAAACCAGAACCACUGAAACCAAAAUCUCCAAGGGUGCCUUGUGCAAAAUUACAAUUUAAAGAUCAGUCAAAAGAUAGCAUUGUUAAUGUUAAACAACUUGAACAAAAAAUAUUAUCUCAGCAUAUAAUUCUUCCCACAGCAGCGACCAGUACUGCAGACUUUGAUGAUACCUGUUCUGUAGUUUCCUAUAUAAGUGAAAAAUCUAUGAGCAUUUUAAAAGAAGCCUCAGAAUUAAACAUACCCAGUCACUUAGAAAGAUCUUACAGUACAAAAAGCUCUGCUUCAUCUAGUAUGAAAUUUGCUCCAGCAUACCUGGAAGAAACAGUAUCUGAAGGUAGAUUAGGUUUUUCAAAAUCACAUUUGAAACCUUUUUCUUCAUACAGCAAGUCAAAGUUGUCUUCUGGAAUUGUUUCACGAUCUAUUGAUGAAAUAAUUGAAUCUUUAAAGUCUACUGUUCCCACUGCAUCAGACCUAAAGAUCAAAGAACUCUUGGAGAGUAUUCUUGGCCAGGAUUAUCUCAUAAAAAUUCAACAGUCAGCUAUCAAAAAAGAAAUGCAGCCAAAUGAACUGGAAUUACCAGCUGUACGAAUGGCACCAGUGGAAAGUGACAUUAUGAAAUCGGUUCCAGAUGUAAUAAUUCAAGCAGCUACAGAAGAAUCAGAUCAUAUCUUUAAAACAGUUUCACCAGAACAACCAAGCAUCCAUGAAAGUGAAGAUUAUUUAUCUUCAGAGGUUGAAGUGACAUUAGAGUUAAUUGCUGAAAAGUCUAAAAGUUCGAUGCAUCUCUCUAGUGAAGAAGAAUUAGACUUUGCAUCUUCAGGCAAGGACUUGAUAAUACAAGGAAAAGCAUUUCCAAAGGCUAGACCAGUUAAAAUUCAGAAAAAUAUAGAAGACCUUCAGUAUCAACAACCAGUAUCUCUCCUUUCUACAUGGACUACAAAGAUCAAAGAUGUGGAUUACCCACUUAUUCAUCUUCUAUGUACCACCUCUCCUGGGGUUGUGUUGCCCACUAAUCUGCAGCUAGUUUCUAGAGUACAUCAUACCCUAGACAAAAAUGGUCAUGAUAUUUCAUUACCACCUAUUAAUUUUGACUGCCACAAUUCUGAAGACCUAUUCCCAGUAACUGCUGCAUUUGAGAAACACAUGUUCAGAGAAAGGAUUUAUAAGGAAGGACUUUCCAUUUCUGAGGUAUGCCAAAGCAGUCAAGAAGAUGGAAUUCAAGUUUUACCUCCAAAAUCACCAAGAAGUAUGCCUGAGUGGCAAAGAAUAGCUGAAUUCUAUGUCGAAAAGCCUCAACUGAAAUUGUUAGGAAAAAAGAUGAAACUUCAGCCUGGAUCUCUUAAAAUGUUUUGGACUCCAGCUCCCCAUAAAUUUUCUGCUCCUCUUUCCGUUAUGAAGGAAAUCUUGUUUUCCAAGUAUGAGAGCAAUUUGGUUCAUGGGGUUAUUUAUGAAGAUUUUUCCAUUGAUCUUCAAGAGAAAGAAAAGGCAGAAUGCGCAGACGACUUUGACUAUUUACUUUCUAAUAUUAGUGCAAAUGGAAGACGUGGUUCCGUUCCAGAACUUGUGAUUUCCGAAACUACUGUAAAGGACCAUUUGGUUGAAAGGCCAAAUAGUGCACCAGAAUUGACCUCAUACAGAGACAAAACACACAUAAAGAUUUCUUCAAAUUUCAAAACUGCUAUGGAAGAGCUUGAUAUCAUGAGCAAGCAUGUUCUUUUAACAAAACCUAAGGCUGCAAUAGCAGAAGUGGAAGUUUCUCUAGAAGAGCGUAGUUUUGCUGCUAAUCUUUCAGGAAUUAGUUUUAACCCUCCAAAAGCACCUGUAGAUCCAGAGAAAAAUUCUGAAAGAGUUACACUAAAUAUUCCUAAAGGAAAUCUUUUUGAACUACAGUCUGCUGAAGCACUUGUAGAUCAGACUACUCUUGCUGAUGAAUGUCGAAAAGCUGGAAUUAAAUCUGUGUCUCUGACUGUUCAGAAGCUUAAGAUGCAUAAUAAAAACUCUAUUAAAAUAUCUCGAACAAUUAAACUUUAUAGAAGCCCCAGCCUCCCCUGUUUGUUAAACUUUGAAACAUUUGCCAAAAAACAGGGAAAAGGACCUGAAGAUUCUAAUUAUCUUUGGGCCAGGCUAUUAUGGAAUAAAUGGUUUGGGGAGCUGUUUGUUCCCAGUAGCAAACCUGCUGAAGAUAAAAAGAUGUUAGGCAAACGUCUUUUAGAACAGAAAACGGAGGAUGCUGCAAAAGAAAAAGAAUUACCAAACUAUGUGAAUCCUUUCCUAUUUGAUGGCAAAAAAGAAGAACUUGCACAGUGUGAGCAUGAGAUUGAGAGAAUAACCGAAGAGAUAAAUAAAGGAUGUGCUCUAGCAUUUAACUAUUGUCGUCGUGGAGCAAUAUACAGAAAGAUUGGAAAAAUGCAGUCAGCGUUGGAUGACUUAGAAAAAGCAAUACAUUUGGAACGAUUUCUGGCUAACGCCUAUUGGCAUAGACACUUAAUAUUUGUUUACCAAAACAAAAUUCUUCCAGCUCUGGAAGAUUUGAAUUUUAUAAUUAAAUGCAAUGUAAGCUAUACAGAUGCUUAUUUGUCUAGAGCUCAGAUAUAUAGAAAACAGGGAAAUAAUCACUUGGCAAAGAUAAAUUACACUUUGGCACUGAGAUAUAGACCCACAGAUCCUGAAAUAUAUUACAAGAGAGGUGAAAUCCAUGAAGAAGAGGGUGAGUUAAUACUGGCAAUGGAAGAUUAUACAAAGUGCCUUUACUAUGAUCCCCAAAGAAUUGAUGCACGUAUGAAACAUGGAGUAUAUUAUUUUAACAAAUCAAAUUGGACUGUAGCUAUGAAUGAUUUUACAACUGUGAUUAAAAAUGAUCCAAAACACGCAGAAGCAAGAACCUACAGAGGAAGAAUUUACAUUAAGCUAGAGCAAUAUCAAAAUGCAGCUGCAGAUUUAGCUGCUGCAAUUCAUUUGAAUCCCCGUAACUGGAUAGCAUUCUAUUACAGAGGUUGCAUUUUGAGGAAGAUUGAUCCAAAACAGUCUCUACAGGACUUAAGUGUUUCUGUCCUUCUCAAUCAUAAAUUUGACAAUAUUGGUGCUUUCCUUCAUCGUGGGAUCUUGUAUGCAGAAUUGAAACAGUGGCACCUGGCUAUCUGUGAUUUUGAAAAUGCAAUUGCUUUGGACAGGAGUCUUACAACACCUUAUAUAAACAUUGGAUUGAUUAUGAUGUUGCAUUCGGAUCAGUAUUUUGAUGCUAUUUUACGGUUCACUGAAGCCAUUCGGGUUGAUCCAUUAGAUGUUAUACCUUACUUGUGCAGGGCACAAGCUUACCAGAAGGUUCAUGAUUUAAAGAAUUCAGUUAAAGACAUAAAUAGAGCCAUUCACCUCCAUCCCAACUUACCCCAUUUAUUCUUAAUAAGGGGACAGUAUUUACUACAAAUGAAGCAUUUUCAACUUGCAAGUUUCUGUAUACACCAAGUGGCAGAAAUGGACAAAGGAUCUCUUGGAUGUUCACUUGUUCAAGAAGCACUUGUGCAGUCAUUUUGUCAAAACUAUAAUAAGGCUAUUGAGUGUGCAAUUGCAGCCACAAGAAGCCAACCUGAGCCUGCUAUAUAUUGUCUACUUGGAAAAAUCCAGAUGAAAGCCAAAAAAUUCAAGGCCUGCGAUGCUUUUAGUUCUGCUGUCAGACUAUAUCCACGAUAUGCAGAUGCAUUUUACCAGCGAGGGCUUUGCAGAAUGCAGCUCCAACAAGCUAAAUGCAUCUUAGAUUUUAACAAAACACUUGCUAUUAUACCAAAGCAUUUUCAGGCUUACUUAAGCCGUGCUGCUUACUAUGGUAGCAAAGGAAGAUACUCGAAAGCAAUAAUGAAUUGCACUGAAGCCCUCAAAAUUGAGCAACGUAGUGUGAGAGCAUAUCUUUACAGAGGAGUACUGAAAUUUUACAACAGGACUUACAAGAAUGCUGUUGAAGAUUUAACUAAAGCUAUAGAAUUGGAUAAAAUGUGCAUUUUGGCAUAUUAUAACAGAGCAAUUGCGUUCCAACAAUUGAAGGACUAUGAACAUAGUUUGAUCGAUUAUAAGACUGUUCUUAGUCUUGAGACAAGCAAGGACAUUGUCUUGAAAGUGCUGAAAAAUCGUGCUCUAGUUUAUAUAGAAAUGAAACAGUAUGAAUAUGCGCUAAAGGAUUUUGCAGAAGUGGCAAUGACUGAAAAAAAAAAUGCAGGAUUAUUGAAUUCCAUUGGACUUUGCUAUCAUAGACUUCAGAAAUAUGAAGAAGCGGUGGAAUCAUUUUCUAAAGUUCUUAAACUCAAUCCCUUUUCUUUGGAUGCCUACAUUGGUCGAGGAAAUGCAUACCUGGAAUAUGGUCAUAGCAAAGGCACCAGACAAGCCCUAAAGGAUUUCUUGACAGCAGUACAUAUCAAUCCAGUGUGCAUAAAGGCUAGACUUUGCUUAGGAUACAGCUUGCAGGCUCUUGGAAAAUUUCAGAAAGCGUGGACUCAGUUUUCAGCAGCCAUUCAUUGUGAUCCUAGUUGUCACAAUGCUUACGAUGGACGUGCUAUAGUCUGUCUGCAGAUGGGGGACAUAUUUGCCGCUUUUCAAGAUACAAAUGCUGCACUAAAGAUAACCACUAAUGCAGAAUUACUUACAAACCGAGGUGUGAUUAAUCAGUUCAUGGGCUAUUUAAACUGUGCUAUGCAUGACUAUCAGCAGGCUAUCACCAAAGAUCCCAGCUAUGCUUUAGCCUAUUUCAAUGCAGCAAAUGUCUACUUUUUAAACAAGCAGUUCUCACAGGCAAAUGACUAUUAUACCAAAGCCAUAGAACUUGACCCCCAAAAUGAAUCUGCUUUCCUGAAUCGAGCUAUUACAAAUACGCUCUUAAGAAAUUUUGAAGAAGCAAAAACAGAUUUUGAGAAGGCAAUUUCCUUGUCCCCCUUGUCGGCAGCAAUAUAUUUUAACAAGGCAAAUCUCUACAGCAUGUUACAGCAAUAUGAGCAAGCCGAGGAAGACAUUUCAAAAGCACUUUCAAUUCAACCUUAUGAUGCCUUGCUGUAUAAGCUCAGAGCAGAUAUUCGUGGAAAAAUGGGAUUAAUUAAAGAAGCAAUUGCUGAUUACAAGAAAGCCAUCAGCAUCCAAGAGCUAAUCAACAGCAAUUGA